AUGGCCGACCACACCGUCAUCCACUGGCUGCAUGCCACCAUCUCGCCGGAGCUCCUCGAUGCGAUCAUGCAGCCCGAGGACACCGCGCUCACGGUCUGGACCGUGGUCGAUGGCAUCUUCCACGACAACCACCUCGCUCGCGCCGUCUACGUUGACGCCGAGUACCAUGCGCUUGUCCAGGGCGACCUGACGGUGAUGCAGUACUGCACCAAACUCAAGUCCUUCACCGAUCAGCUGUGCGAUCUUGGGCAGCCCGUGACGGAGACGCGCCAGAUCUUCCACCUCCUUCGCGGCCUCAACCGCCAGUUUCACGCCGCGAUCCCCCACAUCACCUCGCAGAAACUUAGUGUUCAACGGGUUUCGCUGUAUGGGGCAGACGAUCCUGAAUACGAGAAGAAGAUGGAGGCUGCGGUGAAGCACGCACUUGACAGGCAUCCACACCGUCGUCCCAUCCUUCACUGUGUUAGAAUAACUGUAUAG